GCACUCUGUUUGCUUCCUUUGCAGCAGCUGCAGGUGGUGCCCCUUUUCGGCGACAUGCAGAUAGAGCUGGCCAGAUACAUUAAGACCAGUGCUCACUAUGAAGAGAACAAGUCCAAGUGGACAUGCACACAAAGCAGCAUCAGCCCCCAGUACAACAUCUGCGAGCAGAUGGUUCAGAUCCGGGAUGACCACAUCCGUUUCAUCUCAGAGCUAGCUCGCUACAGUAACAGCGAGGUGAGUUCUGUGGCUGGUCCAGGGCCAGCAGAGUCCAAAGAGGCUGAGGAAGAGCCGGCCAGUGUGGGAUGGGGGAGUCAUAGCCAGAGGCGGAGAGUGAACUUGCUGGAAGUGAUUCAGAGCCAGGCUUGGACUCUGGACCUCGAUCCCUUCAUCUGCAAAAUGGAAAGAAUGCAGUAA